GAUUCCACCCUUUUAUAUUCCUUGUUCUUUCCAAAAACAUUUAGCAAAAAUUUGCUGCAAAAACAACACCACCUGAACCAAUUUUAGCUCAAAAAUCACAUCAAAGCAACAGCAGGGUAUUUCCUAGUUUACAUUCUUACCCUUCUUUGUUUCACCAUAUUUCCCAUAUGUACCUCAGCUCACAAAAUGCAGCUUCUUGUCCUCUAAUAUGAUCUCAACUUCUAAAGCAAAGACCCUUUUGGAAGAACUGCAAGAUUCCCAUUAAUUUUUGCUGUAUUUACUGAAGCUUAUUACUUGUCGGUCUUGUUGAAGCCUGACUGCAAUUUUAUGGUGCUUGUGCUCUGCUAUUGUUAUUAUCAAUGGUAUGUAUGCUAAACUGGGCUCAAUCUUUUGAUGAAUAUUGAAAUUGUUGUCGAUUGUUUGAGAUGGGCAGUUUGGAUACUUUGUUGGGUGGUUUGAGAACUGCCCAGGAUGCGCUUUUAGAUGUUCUGAAUCUUGGAAAGUUGAAGACUAAGUGGUUACUCAAGAGUUGGCUUUUUCAGUCAUUUAAUGGGCUUGUUGUGAUUAGUUCAUUGCUGUUCUUCCUUGGAGCUAUUUUUUCGGCAUAUUUUUACGUUUUUCCAGCUUAUCAGCCGGUGACUGUGAUUGUUGAUAAUGAGGAUGUCUUUACUAGUGAUAUUGGUAUGAUACCCUUGAGUAAUAAUGAAACCAUUGAUGAUAUAAAUACAGAAUGCAAUGUGUUUGAUGGAAGAUGGGUGUCUGAUGAAAGCUAUCCUUUGUAUAAUGGAUCACAAUGUCCUUUUACUGAACGUGGAUUUAACUGUUUAGCUAAUGGUAGGCGAGAUCAAGAAUAUCUUAGGUGGAGAUGGCAACCUAAAAGUUGUGAUAUUCCGAGGUUUGAUGCGAAUGUGAUGUUGGAAUGGCUUCGGGGGAAAAGGGUUGUCUUUGUUGGAGAUUCAUUGAGUAGAACUCAGUGGGAGUCAAUGAUAUGUAUGCUGAUGACAGGAAUUGAUGAUCCGAGAAGCGUGUAUGAGAUCAAUGGGCAUAGGAUUACCAGACGGAUCCGUCAUUUGGCAGUUCGGUUUAGCUCGUUUAAUUUCACAGUGGAGUUCUACAGAUCAAUUUUCCUUGUGCAGCCUGGCCAGAGACCAAAACGGGCUCCAAAGAGGGUUAAAACAGCUGUUCAACUAGAUAUGUUGGAUGAUAUUAGUGACGAAUGGGUUCAUUCCGAUAUUCUUGUCUUUAAUACGGGGCAUUGGUGGACUCCCACAAAGCUCUUUGACAUGGGCUGGUAUUUCCAGGUUGGAGGAAAAAUGAAGCUUGGAAUGUCAAUACCUGAGGCCUUUAACAAAGCUCUUGCCACUUGGAAAUCUUGGAUUGAGAGUAACAUCAAUACUAGCAGAACUCGUGUAUUUUUUCGGACCUUUGAAGCCACUCACUGGGGGGGUGUUGAGUCUCGAAAGAAUUGUGAAGUAACACGGCAGCCUAUGUCAAGAAUUGACGGCAUGGACAAGCACCCCUAUUCUGAUGCCAUAAUUCGUAUUACAAAAAAUGUUUCAGUUCCUGUAACAGUGCUGCAUGUUACCCCCAUGGGGGCUUUCCGAAGUGAUGCACAUGUAGGAACUUGGAGCGAUAAUCCACGAAUACGUGAUUGUAGUCAUUGGUGCUUGCCAGGUGUACCGGACAUGUGGAAUGAACUUCUCUUCUCGAAUCUACUUUCAUAUCAAAGACCUUAAAUUACAGAUUGGAAAUUCAGUAAGUUGCUUUGUCUUGGUCAUCUCUUGCAUCUGCACAUAUAUGAGCUGCUGCAGUUAAAAGCCUUUUGUAUUCUGCUGCUUCAAGGAUAUCUUGAUUACAAAUUAAUCCAUUUAUAUGCUUCCUUGAACAGAUUUUAAAAAUGUGCAUAUAUUUUCGGCCUGAGAAAUGUCUCUCUUCUUUGAGUUACAACAAAGGAAACAGAAAGCAUCACUGUACAAUGGAUUCGACCAUUAGAAUUCUUUUCACAUUGUGUAAAUGUUAAGGUAUACAAUUAUACAAGUGACUUAGUUGAAAAAGUUCCCCUGAAAAGUUUUACAUGUAAACAAAGGACGGGGACUUUUCUGAAUAAUGAUGUGGUGUAUAUGAAAUUUUUAAUGAAUUUGCUUACAUACCAUUUUUGGUUCAACUUCAUUAACUCAGCAGAAAGAAUGGAAAUGCAGUUUUACUCUAUUGUAGAAUUGUAUGAUCUAAUAGACCGAGUGGUCGAUUUUUCACACAAGAAGAAACGCCGUGAUGAAGCUUGGCGGUUUCGUUUGAUAAUUACGUUGCUAGUUGCGAUGUUGCAUAAUAUCCCCCUUUGCCUAAACAACCUUGCACACCUAUAGGGUUUGCGCUUUUGACUUAGAUCUCUU